AAAUAUUGUCUGAAAAGUCAAAAUCAUUAAAGAAAUUAAGUGCGAACGAGUAGAACGAGGAAGAAAUCUAUAGAACAAAGGAGAAAGGUUCUUUGAAUUGGAAAACGGGAACAACAUUGUGGUAGCAACUUCCAAUUGGGUUCUUCUCUCCGUACACUCAUGGUCGAAUUACUUCUUUUCAGCUUCGCAGAAUCGCUCCUGAGUAAGCUUGCUUCUGGUGCCGUUCAAGAAGCUUCUUUGGCGCUUGGUGUUCAUGGCGAGCUACAACAGAUGCAAGCAACUAUGGCACUCAUCAGAGGUGUGCUCUUGGAUGCUGAGCAAAAGAAUCCGCAGAGCAAUGCGCUGGGCGAAUGGCUGAGACAGAUAAAGCAAGUUGUUUCUGACGCUGAAGACAUAGUCGAUGAUUUUGAGUGCGAAGCGUUGCGGAAACACGUUGUCAACACCUAUGGUGGCUGCUCAAGGAAGGUACGCCGUUUCUUCUCAACAAGUAAUCCUCUUCUUUAUCGGCUUAGAAUGGCACAUCAAAUUCAAGACAUCAACACAAGGUUGGCCACACUUGCAACUCAAAGAAGCAUUUUUGGCCUUCAAGUCAUUGACCAAGAUACACGCGUCGUUCACGUCAGGGAAAUGACUCAUUCUCAUGUAAAACCUUCCAGUAUUACUGGAAGGGAACAUGAUAAGAAUGAAAUAGUAAAAUUGUUGGUGCAAGAUUGUGAUCACGAAAGUCUUUCUGUUAUUCCCAUUGUAGGAAUGGGAGGUUUGGGAAAAACCACACUUGCUAAGUUGGUCUUCAAUGACACCACCAUUCAUGCAUGUUUUACAUUAAGGAUGUGGGUAUGUGUCUCUAAUGAUUUUGAACUUAAGAGUGUGCUUAUUAAAAUCCUCAACUCUGCUCCAAACCCAACUAAGGAAAACUUCAAUAGCUUUGAGAUAGAGCGACUUCAAAAUCAUUUGAGGAAUAAACUUGAAGAUCAAAAGUUCUUGCUUGUGUUAGAUGACAUGUGGAACGAGGAUCCUGCAAGAUGGGAUGAGUUGAAGGAAAUAAUAGAUUUGAAUGUUAAAGGGAGUAAAAUUUUAGUGACUACUCGUAGCCAUGCAGUAGUUGCUGCGAUGCGCACUAAAUCCUCAAAUUCGUACCUUCUUAAAUGUCUCUCUGAAGAGGAUUCUCUUUCUCUAUUUGUGAAAUAUGCUUUUGAAGUUGGAGAUGAGAAACAACAUCCACAACUCUUGAAGGUUGGGAGGAAAAUCGUGAAAAAAUGUGGAGGAUUACCGUUAGCAGUGAAAACGUUGGGGAGUUCACUAUUCUCGAAAUUUGACAAGAAAGAGUGGGAGUGUAUAAGAGACAAUGAGAUCUGGAAUUCAAAACAAAAUGAAAAAGGCAUUUUGCCUGCUCUCAAAUUAAGUUAUGAUCAACUGCCUUCAUAUUUAAAACCAUGUUUUGCUUCUUUCUCCCUUUUCCAACAGGAUACCCAUAUUUCAGCUGUUGACGUUUCUAUGUUGUGGGGAGCACUUGGUUUUCUUCCACCAUCAAAGCAAGGUGAAUCAAUGACUGAUAUUGCCACUCAACUUUUGCGUGAACUAUGGACAAGAUCGUUUCUUUUAGAUUUUGUUGACCUUGAGGGUCAUUGUUAUUUUAAAUUGCAUGAUUUGGUGUCUGAUCUUGCAGUGUUUGUUGGGAAAGGUGAGUUUGAAAGAAUAGAUCACAGCAAUCCAAAAAUAUCCGAGAACGUCCAACAUUUGGCAUUUGAGGAAAAUAAUUUUAUGGUGAAACUCUUCCCCCCACUAAUCUCAGAACUCUCAUUUUUCGUAAUGGAGUGAGCAAUAAAGAUCUCUUGAACACAUUGUUGUCAAGGUGCAAAAGCUUGAGGAUUUUAGACUUACAAAAUUGUGAAUACGAGAGUCUACCUCGUUGCAUAGGAAAGUUGAAACAUUUAAGAUUCCUUUGUCUUGCACAAAAUGAAAAACUUAAGCAACUCCCCGAUUCACUUUGCAAACUUCAAAAUUUGCAGACUCUGACCCUUAGUGGAUGCAUAAAGCUACAAAUGUUACCCAAAGGAAUAGAAAAUCUAAUUAACCUUCGUCACUUGGCUAUAACCACCGCACAAACUACUUUUCCUGAAGAAGUGAUUGGAAAAUUGAGUUCUUUAGAAAAAUUAUAUAUUAUUGAUUGUGAUAAUCUGGAAUCAUUGUUUGAAGAAGUAAAACUUUUCACAUUUAAAACUUUCUAUUUGUAUAACUGUGGAAGUCUGAAGUGGGUGUCAUUCCAUGCCAUCAGAAAUUUAGAGGUUUUAGUAAUAAAAGACUGUGACAAUUUGGAUUUGUCAUUUGGUCUUGGCAGCCGAAUCUCGAAUUCAAGGUUAAAGUAUGUUGUUUUCAGUGAUUUGCCUCAACUAGUCACUUUGCCUCGGUGGUUACAAGGAUGUGCGAACACUUUACGUUCCUUACUGAUUAAGCGGUGCAUGAAUCUUAAGGAGUUUCCCGAUUGGCUACCAACUCUAAUUCAUGUCAGAGUACUUGAAAUUGCCUAUUGUCCAAAUUUGUUGUCAUUUCCUGUGCACCACCUCACAAAUCUUGAAGACUUGCAUAUCACUGGUUGUCCUGAAUUAUCCAAAAGAUUCCACCCAACCAUUGGACUGGAUUGGCACAAAAUAUCACAUAUAAAAAGAGUUCAUAUUAGUAGUAAAUUCAAAAAUAAACAGUCUCCGAAGAGCAGUCAAAAGUGAAGGUUAUUGCUGGACCUCUUGGGUAUGAAAUAGGCUUUUGCUAAGAGAUUAUUGGAUCUCUUCACCUUAAAGGAGACUGUAAUCUGAGGCAGAAAGCUACAGAAAAAUGUAUUUUCUAUUUAUAUUUCAAAUAUCAAUUUCCUAUCAAAUUUAUACAUUUCUUUUCCCUUAUCAACUCUUAAAACAAAUGGUUUAUUUUAUGCAAAAUUAAGUCUUGGUAUAUUUUUUGAGAUCCUCACUUAGA